AAAAUCAUGGUGUAAUUAAUUUUGUAAUAAAAUUAGAAUAGAAAUUUCCGCUGCAUUUUAAUAUACUUAAAAUGGUUAUAUAAACAAAUCCAAAUCUAUGCGAAUAUUAGAAAGCAAAAAACGGAUACUUACAUAGCUUAAAAGAAAACAUUAUAUACGAGUUCAGCAUGGCUCCAAAGAAAGGGAAAAAAGGUAAAGAGCCCCCUCCACCACCUUCCAAAGCCAUGGGUCCUCCCCCUAAACCAAAAAAGAUCCCUCCUCCACCAUCCUGUUUCACCAACGAAGACCUACUCAAGUUCAAAGAUAUGUUCAAAGCUCAUGAUGAAGAAAAUAUAGAUAAGGUACCGAUACAAUUGAUACCUUUGAUGUUGAGGAAGUUAGGAUUCAAUCCUAAAACGGCAGAGAUAGAACAACUGUUUAAAAUGUUCCUCGAAGAUGAUUUGGUAGACACCGUAGAAUUGCAUGAAUGGUAUUUUAUGAUAGAGGCUAAGAUGAACUGGGGUGAUGACUUUGAGUUAGCUGUAACCAAAGCGUUUGCAGCUCUGGCCCACGAUGACGACGAGACAGGCAUAGCGCAAUUAGAAGUACUAAAAGAGGAACUAAUGAACUGGGGUGAACCCUUGUCUGAAAUAGAGUUUGUAGAUUGGGUACGCUUAGCAAUCAAAGAUAAGACAUAUAACAUUGAAGACGGAACGUUCUUAUACCCUAAGUUCAUUGAGAAUAUGAACAAUAAAGAUGAAAAAUACAUUAAGGAGCCUAUCAACUUCUUUAAAUUGGACCAGAAGACUUUAGCAGAGAUGGCGAUUAAGAAAGCACAAGAAGAAAAAGAGGAACAGGAGAGAAAAGAAUUAGAGCGUCGUGCUAAAGAGGAGGCUAAAAGACAGAAAAUGAUAGCUGAUGGUUUAAUACCUCCCGAUUAAAUAUAAUGAAUUACAUGUUUUUCAGGAAAAUAAAAGGUACAAGAAUCAAGGAAAACUUCAUUUUGUUUGGUAGGUAAUAUGGCACGGUUUUAAAUAUUAGAUAUUGAUAACUGUCGUUAUAAUGGGUGCGAUUUUCGUAGAGUAUAACGGUUAAGAUCUAGACUAUUCAAAUCACAAGUAAAAGAUUUAUUAUUAUAAGUAAAGUACAUGAUAUUGGGAUUAAAAGGACCAAGUAUAUAAGAAACAGGAAAAUACAGCUUAAAGAGAGAUUAAUGCUUAAUAAAUUGUUGGAAUGCAUGUUAAUUUCUAAGUAAGUACAAGCACUGAAUAUGCGACAGAUAAGAGUAGCGUUUGCAUAAUUUACGCCAUAAUCUCUCAUGCGUCUAAAAGGAAUGGCACAGACUUGAUGGCAUCAGUGUUUUGCAUGAAAUUUUAAUGAUAAUGAUCAAAUUAUGUCAAAUGUAUGCAAUUAGGUGAGACUUGUCUGUAGGUAGAUACAUCUGAGCGCGUACUGUACCUACAAGCAAAUAACUCUCUGUAAAUCAAACAAAAUUCAAAUAUCUUGCCAUUAUGUCAUCAACAAUUUUAUUAAACUAUGGGGAUAGUCCCUCUAUAGUUAUUGACAGGCGUAAUACUACUUACAUAUUGUAUGGCACAUUUUUAGAAAACACUAAGAUGUAGAAGACUCAUUAAUGCACCUGUAAUGCAGGCUGUAAGUUGAGUUCUACACUUGUACUAAUAUGUAAUUCUGUGGUUUUACUUUGGUCUGCACCUAUUUUUUUAUUGACUUCAAUAACCUGCUUCUCACUUAAACGGUAACGAUUAAUUUUAUGUAACGUUUAUUUUUUAUUUUCUAAUUUAGUACACACGCAAUAAAAUAAAUAAGAAGAACAA